UGUGAAAGUUGCUAUUGCAAACAAGAGUCUGCUGGUAACAAUGGCAUCUAAAUCUUUUUCGGAAGAUGACUUUACCUGUCCUGUGUGCUGUGAGAUCUUCAAGGACCCUGUUGUCCUCUCAUGCCGUCAUAGUAUCUGUGAAGUCUGUCUUCAGCAGUUUUGGGACACCAAAGGCUCCAGAGAAUGUCCAGUCUGCAGGAGCAAAACAUCAAUGGAAAAUCCUCCAAUCAGUCUAACGAUAAAGAACCUGUGUGAGACCUUCUUAAAGGAGAGAGGUCAAAGGGCUUCAGCAGGGUCUGAGGUGCUCUGCAGUCUGCACAGUGAGAAACUCAAACUCUUCUGUCUGGAGGAUAAACAGCCUGUGUGUUUGGUGUGUCGAGACUCCAAAAAACACACUGGACACAAAUUUCACCCUGUUGGUGAAGCAGCACUUGACUGUAAGGAGGAGCUCAAGAUCAAACUGCAGCCCCUACAGAAGAAACUGAAGACCUUUGAGGAUGCUAAAGUGACCUGUGAUCAAACAGCAAAACACAUCAAGACUCAGGCCCUACACACUGAGAGGCAGAUCAAGGAGGAGAUUGAGAAGCUUCACCAGUUUCUGCGAGAUGAAGAGGCAGCCAGGAUCGCAGCACUGAGGGAGGAAGAGGAGCAGAAGAGUCAGAUGAUGAAGGAGGAGUUUGAGAAGAUGAACAGAGAUAUCUCAUCUCUUUCAGACACAAUCAGAGCCAUAGAGGAGGAGAUGGGAACUGAUGACAUCACAUUCUUGUUGAAUUACAGGAGCACAGUGGAAAGAGCCCAGUGCACACUGCAGGAUCCAGAGAGGGUUUCAGGAGCUCUAAUCAAUGUGGCAAAGCACCUGGGCAACCUGAAGUUCAGAGUCUGGGAGAAGAUGCAGGACAUUGUUCAGUACACUUCUGUGACUCUGGAUCCCAACACUGCACACCCAUGUCUCAUUCUGUCUGAGGAUCUGACCAGUGUGAAAUUUGGUGAUGAGAGACAGCAGCUUCCUGAUAACCCAGAGAGAGUUGAUAGGUAUGCCAGUGUCCUGGGCUCUGAGGGCUUUAACUCAGGGACUCACUGCUGGGAUGUGGAGGUUGGAGAGAACACACAGUGGAAUGUGGGUGUGAUGACAGAGUCUCUCCAGAGGAAGGGAGACUACACCUCCAUGAGUGGACUGUGUUAUGUGUAUUAUAAUGGUGCUGGAUAUGGAGCAUGUGCUCCACCUCUUGCAUCUACUCCCCUCACAGUGGAGCAGAAACUCCAGAGGAUCAGAGUGCAGCUGGACUGGGACAGAGGAGAGCUGUCAUUCUCUGACCCUGAUAAUAACGUACACCUACACACUUUCACACACACGUUCACUGAGAGAGUGUUUCCAUACUUGAAUGGCUGUAGGGUGUCUCCUCUGAGGAUCUUACCUGUGAAGGUCUCAGUAGGAGCAGAGCAGCCCAGUUAG